GAACACUGGUCAAUGCUGCAGCUGGAGUUUGUUUAGUAUUUUUAUUUACAUUUCCAGGAUGGCGUAAAGGGCCUGACAGGGCCCUGUUUCGCUGGGUGCUGUACAGACACGGAGCAAGACACCAUCUGUGCCCCACAGAAUUUGCUUAUCUAACUAGAUGAGACAGGACCAUUAGCCCCAUUUUACACAUGGAAAACUGAGGCACAAAGUGAUGCACUGACUCGCCCAAUGUCACCCUGGGCGUCUGCAGCAGACCUGAGCCCCCGUCUCUUGGGCUUCAGUCUAGUCUCCAAAGCACAAGGAAGCUUUCAUCCCAGCAGGGUGCACUCUGGCUUUGCGCCUUGCCUGUGUGGCACAUGAGGCCUCGGGGCUCUGGCGGUGAAACCCUUCCACCUCCAUCCUAGUCCUGUUAACCCAGUCUCAGAGGAGCAGCCCUGCGAGUCUGGAACUUUAUAAACAACCCCUAGUCUUGAGGCAGCUUAGAGACCCACAAAAAAAAAAUCGAGCUGAGCACCGACGCACCUUGUUACACCGAUGGACGCUUCCCCCUCCUCCUCUGUUUGCACCGCCCACCUUUGCCACCCCUGGGACGGCGCAGUGCACCGCCACCCUCCAGAGGGCGCUGCGCGGCAUAGGCCGGCGCUCCUCCAGCCAGCCCGCUCCACUCGGUGGUGGGCGCAAUGCCUUCUGGGGGCUGUAGUCCAAACCUCCGGGCGGCUCUGUAGAACGCAACCAGGGAUUGGGGGCAAGACGACUACAUUUCCCAGGGGGCAGCGGGAGGGCUUGUGCAUGCAUGGGCUUUUUGCAAGAAGUUGCUCCGGCUGUAAGCUGCUCCCGCUUGGGAUGGUGCAUUAGGGGGGCCAGGCAUUGAGUGCGAUGGCUGAGUGUGCGGGGGAGAUCGUGUAUCAGAGGGAGGGGCAGCAGGCUGCAGACUGCGCCGCGACCGACGACUCCGCUUUGAUCCGCUCCUACGACCGAGCCGUCCGCUCCUAUCAGGACGCCCUACGAGCUGGGGAAAAGGACCAGGCAUCUGAGAGGUCUGAGCCCUCAGCCUCCAGCGGGGCGGAGAGCGAGGGCGAUGCAGAGGAGGAGGAGAAACAGGAGGAAAGCUCCAAGUGGAAAGUGGGUGACGCCUGCUGUGCCGUCUGGUCCGAAGACGGGCUGUUGUACCCGGCUCACGUCGUGUCCCUGAGCAAGGAGGGGGGCAGCUGCACGGUGGAAUACGAGCACUACGGCAACCGGGAGGAGCAGCGGCUGGCGGGCCCGCUCCCCCCCCGCGCGCGGUGA